UCAUUCGCAGGAAUUUCUCCCGCGUUUCUUCGUAGGGCUCAUCAGCUUCUCUUCCUUUAUUUCUUAAUCCAAAUUACAAUUUUCAUGUUUAUUUAAUUGUUUUUUUGGAGAAAUUAAAAAUAAAUUUUAAUUGGUAAGAUCAGAUCAAAACACCAUUUGGGGGUUUUAGUUGGAUGACAAGCGCUUCGGAGUUAUUCUACACACGAAGGUCAAGAGUGGGUCGACCCGAUCCGGAUUUAGGGAUUGGGUCCUCAAUUGAACGGAAUUACCAUCGCCGGAAUCAUCUCAGUCAUCAUAAUCAGAGGCAUGAUUUGGACGGGGGUGAUUCCCUCCGCCGGUCUCCCCACGUGCGCCACUUCAGCUCCCGUGCUUCCUCGCUCUCUGAGCGUUCAUCAGUGCGGUUUGAUGAAGGUACCAGCGAGCUUGUAUCGAGCAAUGGGUUAAAUGCAGUCGGUGUAAGCAAUGCAAGAAGGCAAAGUUUGAGAUCAAGUGAGAGGCUUGCUAGAGAAGGGUUUGAUGAAGGUACUGGCGAGCUCAGUUCGAGCUAUGGAUUAAAUGCAGAUGGUGUUAGCAGUUCAAGCAGGCAAAGUUUGAGAGCAAAUGAAAGGCUUCCCGGAGCUGUGCUGCUUGCAAGAGCAAGGCUUGUUGAAAGACUAAGAGGCGUGUCUGUUUCUGCAAACAGGCGAAGCAAUAGAGCUCCACCUAAUGCUUACCACCGGGAGCAUGUAACGGGCGAUGAUUUUAGGAUCAUAAGUGAACUCUCUACAGGGUUGGCAGCUAGGGGUUCCCCAUUAACCUCUGAAGCAGAAAGGUUCGAAUUGUUACGAGAAACAAACAAGAAGCCUCCUGGACUUACUCAGGAGGCUCUGGACCGUUUGCCACUGGAAAUUUUCGGCAGCCAAGACGUCAAUGUUGAAAGAAAGACAUCAAGGGAAUCAAGAGAUUGCAGUAUAUGCCUUGAAAGCUUCGGAGAAGGAGAUGUGCUUACUCAGCUGCCGUGUGGGCACAGGUUUCACUUUGCUUGCUUAGAUCCUUGGCUCAGAACGUGUGGGGACUGUCCUUACUGUAGAAGUAUACUAUAAAACAAUCCCCAACUCACGCGAUAGAACAUAUACAUGGUCUAAUUAUGAUUUUCAUCCCCUACUUUAUGAAAAUUGAUAAGUUGGUCCCUCUA